AUAGGAUAAUUUGGUUAAGCUUAAUUGUAACAAUUAACUGUUGAUCUUUUGUAACACUAGAUGGUGUUAAUUGUUCAGAUUCCAGGGUAAGUGGGUGAAAGUUUUAACCCACCGGGUGGAUGAAUGAAUCAACUGAGCAAUAUCAUGGAUCGAGAUGAGGAUUGAGCAAAAUCAUCUUCAUCUAUGGAGCCAAUUUUUUACCCACCACCGCCGCCUCUUCCUCCCUCACCCUCUGAACUUUUAUAUCUAAAGGUGGGAGUGAGAAAUAGGGGGGAGAGAGAAUAGGAAAUAAUGAAAAAAAAGAAAGAGAAAAAGAAAGGAAAAGAUGAUGAUAAUGAUGAGAGGGAGACAAAGAAAAGAGGGGAUGAGGGAAAGUGAGAGUAUACAGUUAGGUUACUACGAGAGACGAGAGGUUAUCCUUAAAUUGUUGACGAGAGUUAAAUACACAGAGGAAGAUAAAAGUAAGAGAAAAAGUGAAAGAGAAGAUAAAAGUGAGAGAAUAGUAAGAGAGAUAGUGAAGAGAAAGAGAAAGAGCUUUUUCGAAUUUUUUUUCUUCUCUUUUUUUCUCUGGACCUUAAACAGAAUCUCGAGUCAAACCGAAUCGAGAAGAAGUUUUUUCCAUAUCUCUCUCCAGUGUUCUCAUCAACCACGAUCAUACAAUUCUCCUUCUCCUUCUCAUCUCUCUCUCUCUCUUUCUCUCUCAUCAUCAUCAUCAUCAUCAUCACAUCUUAUUGUCUCAGAUAACAAUAGACUCCAGGAACAUAGUUACCUUUGAUAUCUCAUGAUAAACAUUGUAGGUAACAAGAAUUCAAAACUAAUUUAAUCUCAAAUUAAUCCAUCGAAAUAGAUAAAGUUAAUCUUAACAAAUUUUUUUCUCUCUCUAUCAACAAUCAACUAUCAUCUUCCUCUCUCUUUCUUUUUUUCUUUUAUCAUCAUUACCCUUUUUCAACAUCGUUUCCUUUUCCUGUUUCACCUUAAAAAUUUAAAAGUAAAAAAGUUUAACCCAAAUAAUCAAUAUAAAGAGCAAGAGAGAAAAAGUUCAAGGAAUAAAUUUCUACUGACUUAUCAUCAUCAUCAUCAUCUACUAAGUAUUUUCAUCUUCUUGUCAUCAUUAUCCUUUCAAUAAUUUUUUCAUCUUCCGGAAAUGGUCAACAUCAGUAAUCUUUAAUUAGUUUCUCUAUUUCUUUUCAACUCUUUUAAUUCAAUAUCAUCUUGAAAUUUUCAAUUCUAUUUCCAUAUUAUUAUUAUUGUUCAUCAUCAUCAUAAUAUUUUGAGAUUGUUAUUAAAAAAUUUUGCUAAUUAUGUUUCAAUACAUCAACACUGUGACCUGUGUCAACGGAAGUGGAUCUAGUGGGCCAAUGUCCGGCCAUCAUCAUCAUGCAACUACAACUGUCCAUCCAUCAGUAACCCAAAAGGAUACAACAUUGACCAAGAUAUUUGUGGGUGGUUUACCAUAUCAUACAACAGAUAAAUCAUUGAAAAAGUUUUUUGAAUCGUUUGGUGAUAUUGAAGAAGCAGUUGUAAUAACUGAUCGUCAAACUGGUAAAAGUCGUGGUUAUGGAUUUGUAACCAUGGCUGAUAGAGAGGCUGCUGAAAGAGCCGUUAAAGAUGCUAAUCCAAUCAUCGACGGACGAAAGGCCAAUGUUAACCUCGCUUACCUCGGAGCCAAACCACGAAACAAUGGACAAAAUGGUUUACAAUUUCCACUUCGUCCAGGGUAUCCACCAAUUCUUCCAGCAGGCCAAUUUGGGCUCCCAAGUCAUCAUUAUGUUUAUCAUCCAACAGCAGCCUCAUCUUACAUUACCACUGGACCUAGUCUUUUAUUACCACCUCCACCACCUCCGGCUGCAGCGGCCAUUACACCGACUCACUUUUUUGAUUAUCCACCAGUAGGUUUUCCGGCUCAGUUUGCCAAUGGGGUUGAACCAGCAACCGCCUCCUUUCCUGGUCUAAGUCCACAUCAUCAUCAUCAUCAUCACCAUCAUCCACACCAUGCACACCACCCACAUCCAGGAGCCACAGCAACCGCUGCUCUGGUCGCUGCGGCGGCUCAAACAGCGGCAGCAAAUCAAGUUAAUCCACAAGCACUUACCAAUGGAACACAUUUUUCCUUCCCCUUGGGCGCUUAUCCAUCUUGAGACGAUUCCAUAUACAACAAACAUAUAAGACACACACACACACACAACGCAACCACCGCCACCAUAACCACAAAACACACACACCACAUAUAAACCCACCAUCAGCAUCACCUCAACCCUGUCACCGAAUACAAAAAACAAACUCAUUAUCCAAAAAAAUAAAGUUACAAACAAAACUCAAAUUGCACAUAAACGGAAACGGAAACUUUGACAAAUGAACAAAAAAAAAUAACGUUAUCGUUGCAAAGUUUAUUAUUAUAAUUUAUUAUGUAAUCAUUGUCACCUUCAUCAUCCACCAUCAGGGUGAUGGUUCAGGUUAUUCAUGAGAUUCGGAAUGAUUUUUUCUCUGUUGUUCUUAACGUUUGUCCAAUACUUUACAUCAUUCAAAUUGUUCAAUCUACAGAAUCAGAUGUAAAUGUCAAUUGGAUAAUUUCAAUUGUCCAAAAGCAAGAAACAAAAUUGAGAUGAUCCAAAAUCCCAUGUAAAAGCAAACAAAUAAAACUGAGUCCACCCUUAAACUAAAUCAACGUCAUUAAAUCAAAGCCACUUCGAUAAUAAUACAAACAACGGAUUAUCAUCAAGUCUCACAUCACAUUCAUCAUCUUCAUCUUCAUCAUCAUGAUAACAUAAAAAGGCAAAAACAAAAGAGAAAAAAAUAAAAAAUAUCACAAAUCCAA